AUGGCAGGUCACCACACUCGCUCUAAUAGCUUGCCCUUGAGGCCACACCCUCUCAUUCCAGAAUUCGAUGAGCAAUUGUGCAGAUUGACUUCUGAAGCCGUCUCUUCAUCUACAUCAACAUUGCUUGGCCGCAGAUUAAGGGGACUUCAAGAUCUCCAUGAUUGCAUUGAUAGGCUGCUUUUGCUUCCACUCAACCAAGAAGCCAUAUCUCAAGAUCAGAAAUGUGUUGAUCAAAUCUUGGAUGGAUCUCUCAGACUCUUGGGUGUGUGCAACAUUGCUAAAGAUGCCUUAUUACAAACAAAGGAAUCCACACAACAACUACAAUCUGUUCUUCGUAGAAAACGGGGCGGUGCAACUGAUCUUUCGAGCGAGGUUAAGAAAUUUUUAAACUCAAGGAAAGUGAUGAAGAAGACAAGUCACAAGGCUAUUGCAAACCUGAAAUGCAUUUCAUGCAAAGGCUACAAGGACCAAGCAGAGACACUUGAAAUUGUUAAGAUGUUGAGGGAAGUUGAAGCAGUCACUAUUUGUGUAUUCGAAUCAUUGCUGUCUUCCAUUUCCGCACCAAAAUCAGGUGGUUGGUCAUUGAUUUCCAACAUGAUGCAGCCAAAAAGAGUAGAGGAAAAAUCCCAACUAAAUGAAUUUGCAAUGGUGGAUGCUGCCUUGGAGUACUUCCUCAACAAGUUGAAGAAAUCUGACAACUUGCAUGCUGGAAGUGCACAAAACCAGCUUACAAAAUUGGAAUUGUGCGUUGAAGAUCUUGAAGAAUGUACUGAGAGCCUUUUUAGGCGUAUGUUGAAAACCAGAGUCUCCCUUCUCAAUAUCCUUAACCACUAG